CGCGAACCUAGUUGCACUUGGGAGAGGAAGAUGAUGGCGUAGCAAAUACAGCAGGCUCCGACAACGACUCCGAGUCCCUAGCUGUACACGAAGCCCAGGCAUUUCUACAGCCUACAGGGAGCCCACGAGAAAGCGCAAGCAUUUCGAAAUCUUGUCAUUCCUUACUUAAUCCGGCGCUUGUCAGCUGCUAAGCAUCUUGGCUAGUGCAAGGAGAGGUGCAAAGAAGGAACGAUUCUGUCAGGCAAAAGGUCGAUAUGUCAGGCGCCCUAGCGGGCAGGGGCCUCAGGUGCGCGGGCACCCUGCGAAGCAACCUAGGUGCAGCAUCUGCUGCACGGGCUUAUCAUAAGAACGUGGUAGAUCACUACAACAAGCCGAGGAACGUCGGGUCAUUUGAUAAGAACGACACCAAUGUCGGGACGGGUCUGGUCGGGGCUCCAGCUUGCGGUGAUGUCAUGAAGCUGCAGAUAAGGGUUAAUGAGAACGGGGAGAUCAUAGACUCGUGCUUCAAGACUUUCGGGUGUGGCUCAGCAAUUGCGUCGUCCUCUGUGGCAACCGAGUGGAUCAAAGGGAAGGCUAUGGAUGAGGCGCUGAAGAUCAAGAACACCGAGAUUGCAAAGCACCUCGUGCUCCCGCCUGUCAAGCUUCACUGCAGCAUGCUUGCGGAAGAUGCAAUCAAGGCGGCGAUUGCGGAUAUCAAAGCAAAGCGGCAAAAGGCAAACCCAGCAGCAGAUACACAGGAGGAGCAAUUACAAGCAGCAGCCGCUUGAAGCAAGCCGUGGAAGCUUUCAGGUCCUCUGUCAUGCACGCAGGUCUUAGCACAUAGGUGUCAAAAAGUCUGUACAGAAUUCUGGUAAAUUUGGAUGUUCGUCUAAGAUUUUCUUGUUCGGUGCAGAGCCAUCGAUAAGGGCUUUAGAAAAUAAAACGGUCUCAAGACAAAGUUAUAUUUCCGUUUUUGAUCUGUUAAAUGGUCAAGAAGCUUCAAAAGCCUCGGACAGUUAGUUGACCUGUUCCUCUGGACGCGCUUUCGGUAUGGGCGACAGGCCUGGUCAUGUGGAUUUGAAGUUACGCAUACCAGUACCUGGAUAGAGUUGCCAAGCAUGGUUCUAUUUU